AUGGCCGUCACUAUCGACGAUCUCCCGAAUGAGAUCUUGGCCCAAAUCUUUACCUAUCUCGAUCGCCCUGCGCCCUCCGAUUCGAAGCUUCACGACCAGCCAAGCUCGUUGAUGCUACAAAACCCCUUCUUCGAUAGGGAUCUAAAGAACGUGUCCGUCGUUACCAAGCUGUGGAGGGCCGCUGUUCUGCCUCUACUCUUCCGCCAUGUCGUCUGUACAAUCGACCGCUUCGAACUGCCGCUCAUAGAAGAGACGCGCGACCCGGCCGCAACCAUCGAUUUCCUCCGCUUCCUUCGAGACAACAACCUGACGAACUAUGUCACCACCGUGACCAUGUUCGUCGAGGAUGCGUUGGGUGGUGUCGCGACAUCGCAUCUCGCCAGCAGCGUCGAGCUCAUGGAGUCUGGCCACGCGAAUAAGGCGUCGUAUAGCGAGGAUUACAACUGGUUGUGGAGGACGCUGUUCGAGCACGUAGACCCGGUACGGCUGAGCAUAAUCGCCUCACCACGGGUUCUGGCGCAGUUGCUCUCGCGAAUGCUCUUCUUGGGGGAUGCGUGGAACUUCGACAUGCCGCAGCAUAUCCUGUCUCUCUCGCGGAAGAGCAAGAAGGUGGUCACGUCCAAGUACAAGUCAAAAGCGAAAGCGUCCUCAUCCAGUGACGCACCGUCCCCCGAGAACCCGCACCAAAAACGAGUCCCAUGCGACCUCUUCACCAUCCGUCCUUGGCAAAGUCUGCUUCUCAACGAAGGCUCGUCAACUCGCGUCUACAAGACAUACGAAUACUAUCUCAAGCGCCCACCUUCGAUGCUCGGCGCCCUUCUAGGGGCGGAAGAAUUUCCGAACGAUGAGCCCUUGAUCGCACCUUCCAUCCGUGACUUCUCCUACGUCGGCAUCUUUCCACUAUCCAGCCACUUCAACACUCUUGUCCAACACGUCCCCCGCCUCGACCGACUCUUCGUGCAGCUCGUACCUCGAAACGACAUCCUCCAGGACGCCGACGAGAUGCGCAACAUCGACAUCGCCGAUCUUUGGAUGGAGCGGAACACAUCAUACUCCAUGCUCUUCCGCGAGCUCUUCGACCCCGACCCAGACAGUCCCUGGCUCGAGCUGAAGACGUUCGAGAGCGGCGAUGCGGCGGACCGGGAAGCGUGGGAGAUGGCUGUGCAGUUCGUCCAGUUCAGCGGCGUGCAGGGAUGGAAGGUCGAAAGCGAGGGCGUCUUCGUUCGGGAGAGGAACGAGAGUGGGCCGAUCCUCGGGAUGUCUCAGUCAGUGGCGCCGGAAUCAUAA